AAAAAGGCUAAAUUGGUGUCACUGUUGCCACAAUCGCACGCGAUCAGUUGUGUAGUUGGUGUCGCCAGAUAUAUCACAUUGUAUAAAGAAGAUAGUAUAGACACGCCAUGGCUUCUAUCAAGGCGCAGAUUCUGGUCGCAGCUGUGAUCAUCCUGGUGGCCGUCGGCUAUAAUAACUAUCGCGAUCUUUCGGCGCCCGGCAAGAGACCCGAUCUGGACAACUACGAAUACUGGGGUCCAACGCUGAAGGAACGCUAUCGGGAGAACAUGACCAUCCUACCCUUCGACAUCAGCGUUCAGCCAGAGGUUAUUGAGGAUCUAAUCAGCCAGCUGAGUCGUCCUUUAAAAGCGCAGGCGCCACUGGAGGGAGUGGGAUUUCAAUACGGGUUCAAUGCCAACGAAUUGGCCAAGGUGGUGAAAUACUGGCGAGAUACAUAUCUGGCCAAGUGGAGCGAACGGGAGCAGUAUCUCAAGAAGCUGGAUCACUACCAAACGGAGAUUCAGGGUUUAAAAAUUCACUUUAUUCAUGCCAAGCCAAGCCAGGUGAAAGACCAGAAGGCCAAGAAGGUUAUGCCCCUGCUUCUGAUGCACGGAUGGCCGGGAACGAUUCGUGAAUUCUACGACUUCAUCCCCCUCCUGACCACGCCCAGUGACUACAGCGACUACGUCUUCGAGGUUAUUGCACCCAGUCUGCCCGGCUUUGGAUGGUCCCAGGGCUCUUCAAAAACUGGAUUCGGAGUGGCUCAAGUGGCGGUGGUAAUGCGCAAUCUGAUGCUCCGAUUGGGAUUCGACAAGUUCCUGGUGCAGGGUGGCGACUGGGGUUCAUUAAUCGGAUCCAAUGUUGCCUCACUUUACCCGGAGAACGUGCUGGGCUACCAUUCCAAUAUGUGCGGAAACAACAGCCCCAUGGGCCAGUUGAAGUUGGUGCUGGCCUCCUUCUUCCCCAGCUGGUAUGUGGACAGCCAGUAUGCGGACUUCUACAAGGGACUGAGCCACUUGUUCAGCACCAUACUGGAGGAGAUGGGCUAUGCCCACAUUCAGGCCUCCAAGCCAGACACCAUCGGCAAUGCUUUGAUCGACAAUCCAACUGGUCUGGCUAGCUAUAUUCUGGAGAAGUUCUCCACAUGGACAAAUCCGGCAUUUAAAUCGCUUCCUGACGGCGGACUGACCAAGAGAUUCACCUACGAUCAGCUGCUGGACAAUGUGAUGAUCUAUUAUGUGACCAACUCCAUUACCACCUCCAUGCGCCUGUACUCAGAAUCAAUGGUAGCCUCGCAGUUUGCCCUGGCCGUCGAUUCCGUGCCCAUCCAGGCCCCGGCUGGUUGCGCCCGUUUCGCCCAUGAGAUGAUGCAUGUCCCCGACUCGGUUUUGGCCAACAAGUUCCCCAAUCUGGUGCACAGUAGCCACCACCGGGAUGGAGGUCACUUUCCCGCUUUUGAGCUGCCCCAGCAGCUGUACUUUGACCUAGUGUCUUUUCUCCAGAAAGCUAGUUUCUCGUAAAUGCAUUUGUUUAUCAUUAGUUAUAGGAAUCCAUUGUACACUUUCAUCGUGGUUCUUCAAAGAAAAUGUAUUGUUUGUUUUGAAAAUGAAAUCAAAUCGGUUUGAUGAUUUUAUUUGCCUUAUCUGCUUUGAA